AUGGCGGCUAUGAGAGCGCGACACAAGAUUCGCGCUCCUCGACGGGUUGCAACUGCGCCAACAGAGGAUUUCGAUACUCUAUGGGGCGUACUCUCCUCCUCCCUCAUAGAAAUUCACACGAAAAAUGCCUCGACGCUGUCAUUCGAAGAACUCUACCGAAAUGCAUACAGGAUGGUAUUGAUGAUGCGGGGUGAUGACCUGUACGAGCGGGUCAAGACCCUCGAGGAGAAUUGGCUGCGGGACCACGUUCGAAAGCAGGUCACAGACUCUAUUCUACCGAUUCUCGUGCGGGCACAGAACCCUCAAAGUAUUACGGAUGUCCAAGACCAGUCGAACGAGAGGCGCGCUGCGGGGGAACGAUUUUUAGCUGUCUUGAAAGAGGCCUGGUCAGACCAUCUGCUCUGCAUGGGCAUGAUCACGGAUGUCUUGAUGUACAUGGACCGCAUUAUCUCCGCAGAUCGAACCAAACCCUCCAUCCUCGUCGUCUCCAUGAUCCUCUUCCGCAAUCACGUUCUCCGAGCACCCGUUCGUCCCGACUCCGAUAUCACGGUUGCUCACGUUUUCGAAUCAACAGUGCUUUUCAUGAUACAGCUAGAACGCACCGGUCAUAUCAUCGAUCGACCAUUGAUCCGGAAUUGCAUGUACAUGUUGGAAGGCCUUUAUGAGACAGUUGCAGAAGAGGAGAGCUCUAACCUCUAUCUCACUACUUUUGAACCGGCUUUCUUGAGCACCAGUCGGGAAUUCUACAAGGAAGAGGGAGCCAGGUUAUUGGAGGUUGGGGAUGCUGCAACCUUCUGUCGCAUUGCCUCGCAGCGCAUUGCCGAGGAGUCGGAGCGGUCUCGCUACACACUUGUCACCGCGACAGAGCCGAAGAUUGGCGAAGUAUUGAAUAACGAGCUAAUCCGCAAGAACAUCGAGGAAGUGGUCCGUCUGGAAGGAACUGGAGUUAGGCACAUGCUCGACCAGAACCAGCUGGAUGGACUACGAAUUGUCUACACGCUCAAUGCCAGAGUCGAUGAGAAGAAGAGCGCACUUACUGGAGAGGUGAGCAAGCGGAUUGUCGAACUGGGCUCUGAAAUCAAUGCCUCAUCCAUUGCUCCACCACAAGCACCGUCUGCCACUGAAAAAGACCCCGGCGGAGACAAAAAGGAGAAGGCCAAGGAGAGAGAGAAAGCCGUCAAUCCACAGACUGCAUCAGCGAUCAAGUGGGUCGACGAUAUUCUGGCUCUCAAGCGACAAUUCGACCAAAUGUGGGAGAAAUGUUUCCAGUCCGACCAAAACCUCCACAAGUCGAUUGAAGACAGCUUCGAAGACUUUAUCAACAGGAACACCCGGAGCUCAGAAUACCUUUCUCUCUUCUUUGACGAGAAUCUCAAAAAGGGAAUCAAGGGCAAGACAGAGGACGAGGUCGAUGCCCUUCUCGACAAUGGUAUCACGCUCCUGCGAUACAUUAAGGACAAGGAUCUCUUCGAGACAUACUACAAGAAGCACCUUGCGCGUCGACUGCUGAUGAAACGGUCAGCAAGUAUGGACGCGGAACGGCAAAUGAUUUCCAAGAUGAAGAUGGAAGUCGGCAACCAGUUUACUCAGCGCAUCGAGGCUAUGUUCAAGGACAUGACGGUAUCGGAGGAUCUGUCGGUGAAUUACAAGGAACACAUUGCCCGCAGUGCCGACCCAGAUCAGAAGCGUAUUGAUUUGGACAUCCACAUUCUUACCAGCACGAUGUGGCCGAUGGAUGCCAUGGUCAAGGCCAGAGACGGCCAGGUACAGCUACCUUGCAUCUUCCCGCGCGAGGUCGACAAUCUCAGACAGAGCUUUGAAAAGUUCUACCUCGACAAGCACAGUGGUCGCAAGUUGUCUUGGCAAGCAAGCAUGGGCUCGGCAGAUAUCCGAGCCACAUUCCAGCGAAGCAACGGAAAAACGCAGCGCUUCGAGCUGAAUGUUUCUACCUACAUGAUGGUCAUCCUUCUUCUGUUCAACGACAUUCCGGAUGGUGAAUCUCUGACGUUCGAGGAGAUUAAAGAACGUACCUGUAUCCCCGAGUACGACCUGAUCCGCAAUCUACAAUCGCUGGCGGUAGCUCCGAAAACGCGGGUCCUGAAGAAAGAACCUAUGAGCAAGGAUGUCAAGCCGACGGAUAGAUUCUUCUUCAACAAUGACUUCCAGAGCCCGUUCGUGAAGGUGCGAAUUGGUGUUGUUGCGGGUGGUGCGAACAAGGUUGAGAAUCAGGAUCAGCGCAAGGAGACGGAAAAGAAGAUGAAUGACGAGCGCGGCGGCAGUAUCGAGGCUGCCAUCGUCCGUAUUAUGAAACAACGGAAGAAGCUUGGCCACACCGGCUUGAUGAAUGAGGUUCUCACACAGCUUUCCUCCCGCUUUGUCCCGGACGUGAACAUGGUCAAGAAGCGCAUCGAGAGUCUGAUUGAUCGCGAGUAUCUGGAGCGUCUGGAAGAUGAACCGGCCACAUAUGGAUACAUCGCUUAG